UGAACAGAGUGCUACAGAGGUUAAAAGGGCUUCAUAAGAAAAGUUUAAACUUGACUUUUUUUGUUCCAUUAUCAUAUAAUUGGGCUUUUGACUUUUAAUAAUAAUGAGAAUAUUGUUAUUAAAUGCCUUGUUAACAGAAAAGUAGCUGCUAGCAAUUAAGUUUCUAGUGGGAAAACUACAGACCUAAGUUAUUGGUCAGGGUGUUUUAUAUGUCCGACUGUCUCUAAUCUCACAAGGAGCUGGACCUAUAAAACGAACCUUAGAAUAAAACGAUGGGCGCAGCAGCUCCAAGAAAUAUUCAGGGCUGCGUUUCCGUCCUAUGGGAAAAGCCGAGUCUGCCCUAAUGUAAUAUCCUGAGCAGCUCCUGCACACGAGGGGGCCUGACUCGUGGAGAAACCUGAUCCCGCACUGGGCUCUUUAAAGGAAUAUGGGAUGAGUCUGUUGAAUGGAGCUGGAGGGAGUCCCACUCGAGUCUCCACAGAGAGCGAAGGACGGCGGCGGCGGCACGGACGCGACGCGACGCGACGCGACGCGUGGACUCUGCGGCGAGAAAUGACUGAGAGGCGGCGACGAGGGGAACGACGGAGCGAGGGAGCAGCCAUGAGCCGAGUUCCGACGAGCGGCCGGGGAAGGUGUCAGUGAGCCGCGGCCGGAGAGACGACGCAGCCCCAAGUCCGGUCUGAGCUCCAACUCCCCGCCAUGGCCGACGUGCUGGAGAGGGGCGGGCCCGGCGCCGUUGGAGAGCCCGCGGUGGAUUGGCAGAAACGCUGCGUCGCUCUGGAGAUGCAGCUGCUGAGGUUCCGGCUGCAGGCUGGGAAAAUCCGAGAGCUGCUGGCAGAAAAGAUGCAGGAGCUGGAGCAGAGGGUGAUUGAAGCCGACCGGCGAGCUGAAAGUGCGGAAAAACAGAUCCAUGUCAUGGAAGAAAAUCUCAAGUCUGCAAACAUACAAACCAGUGAGUCAGAGAGCUCGUUGUACAGAAAGUAUCAAGACCUGACCAAUCAGGUUCAAGAUAAAGAUGCUGUGAUAAAGAGAUUAGAGAUGCAGCUGGAAAAACAGGUCUUAGUCAGAGCCCAGGAGGCAAAAAUCAUCGAGGAGAAAGCGGCAAAGAUUAAAGACUGGGUCACCAUUAAGCUCCGAGAGAUGGAACAAGAGAACCAGCAGCUGAAAAUGGCCAACGUGAUGCAGACGGAGCAAAUAGUGCUGCUGCAGGACAAAUUACAGUCUCUGUUAGAGAAACCUGCGUCGUCAGGAUCUCCCGCCACCUCCCCAGUAAUGGACACCCACCUGGUGCCCAGCAGCCCGCUGUUCCCUCCCAGCUGCCCCAGCACCCCCCCAGCGCAGGACGACAGCUGGAGGCCGACCGGCCCUCGCGGGGCCGCUUCUAAUGUCAAGGUCACUCAGACAGAUGGGAAAAGGCCUCCUGAGCCCAUCAGGUGUCAUGACGCCCCCCUCCAGGGUAGGAGCAGGAAGGGCCCAGACCCCCCAGAGGGUCCGGCCCGCUUCUCAGACAGAGACAACUCCUCCGAUGAGCUCAAUAGCAAGUUCCGCUCUCAGUGUCUGCACUCAUCGUCUUCCUCUUCCUCUUCGUCCUCCGCUUAUGAGAUGGCCCACGGACCGAGCUCCCCCGACUCAGUCGUCAGAGUGACGCCGAAAAGCUCACUCCUGUCGCGCUCCCCCUCCACCAACAACCCCUUCCCCAACCCUCCUCAGCCCCCGGGCCACCAGUCGGGCACCAGCAUGACGCUACCCAAAGUACGGACGCCGCUCACGCCCAGAGACAGCAUCCAGCUGGUUAAGAAGCACUACAGUCAGCCACAGCCCAGUCUGGACCGACUUCACCACCUCAACGUUAACAUAGACAUCAUGUCCCCGUCCUCCACCUCCUCCACCCUCAAGAGCAUCGGCACCAGCACUUCCCCCUUCUCCCAGGUGGUUGAAGAGACAGAUAUCGACGACGGGCUUCCUGACGGCAUGGACGGGGUGGAGGAGGGACCCGAGGCGGAGGACCCGUCCCAGGAUGGCGUCUCCUUUGUGGGGCUGGCGGAGGAGCUGGAACGGCUGGAUCCAGAAGCUCUGAAGCCGCCAACUCCUCCGUUGCACCGCUUCCCUUCAUGGGAAAGCCGGAUCUAUGCUUUGGCUAAAUCGGGAAUGAGAGUAUCAGAGGCCAGUCCUGGUGCCAGAGGUCCCGGACGAGGGUCCGUUUUACCCCAGUAUCCAGCGGCGGGUCCAUUCACACAGCUGAUCUAUAAAAAUAUCAAUGUACCAGUCUACACAACACUGAAAGGGAAGGCCACUCAGAUCAGCAGCGUGCCGCUACCCGACGAUGACUCUGGCUCGGAGGACGACAGCAGCUCCCUGGUCAGUUUACGGACCUCCAUCCUGAGUCCAGACAGGAAGAGCAGUGUGCCCGGGAGUCCCCGCGCUGUCAAGAGAGGCGUGUCCAUGUCCUCUGUCAGCUCAGAAAGUGACUAUGCCAUUCCUCCGGAUGCUUAUUCCCUGGACAGCGAUUACUCUGAACCAGAGCAUAAAGUCCAGCGGACGUCCUCCUACUCCUGUGAAAGCACCGGACCUGAGAUGCUGGAGAAGUCCGGGUACCUGCUGAAGAUGGCUAGUCAGGUGAAAGCCUGGAAGCGGCGCUGGUUCAUUCUGAGGAAUGGAGAGAUCCUGUACUACAAAUCUCCGAGCGAUGUGAUUAGAAAACCUCAGGGUCAGAUUGAGCUCAACUCAUCCUGCUGCAUAGUACGAGGAGAGGGUGCACAGACAUUUCAGUUGAUUACGGAGAAGAAGACCUUCUAUCUGACGGCGGACUCGCCCAACAUCCUGGAGGAGUGGAUCAGGGUCCUGCAGAACAUACUUAAAGUCCAGGCCAGCAGCCAGGUUGCCGUGGAGACCAGCGCUAAACCCACAGUGAGAGGCUGGCUCACAAAGGUCAAACAUGGACACUCAAAGCUGGUGUGGUGUUGUUUAGUUGGGAAGCUCUUCUACUACUAUCGGAACCAAGAAGACAAGCUGCCUCUGGGUCAGCUCCAGAUGUGCGAGGCGUCGGUGCAGGAGGUGGACCGCUCCUGCGACUCGGACGAGGACUACGAGGCGGGAAGCCGGGGCUUCCUCUCGUCCCACUGCACGCUGGUGGUGCAGCCCAGGGACCAGAGUCCCACGUACCUGCUCAUCGGCACCAAGCAGGAGAAGGACACGUGGCUGUAUCACCUGAGUGUGGCAGCAGGCAGCAGCGCCACCUUCAAGGUGGGGACGGAGUAUGAGCAGCUCAUUGGGAAACUGCUUGAUGCCGAGGGAGAUCCAGAAUCUGCCCUGUGGAGGAGCGAGGCCUUGAGCUUCUGUAAAGACGGCCUGCGCUCGCCCCUCACCACUCUGCCCUCCGAAGCGCUGCAGACUGAAGCGCUCAAGCUUUUCAAGUCGUGUCAGCUCUUCAUCAACGUGCUGGUGGAGUCGCCGUCUGUGGAUUACCACACGUCGCUGGCCCAGAACGCCUUGCAGGUGUGCCUCACUCACCCGGAGCUCCAGAAUGAAAUGUACUGUCAGCUUAUCAGACAGACCAACCGCCGGACGACGCACAACUACUCCCUCACUCAGUGCUGGCAGCUCUUGUCUCUGUGUGUGGCCCUCUUCCUUCCUCAGCAGCACAUCCUCUGGUACCUGAGGCAGUACCUCCAGCGCCACGCCGACCCGAGCAGUGAGGUGGGAAAGUACGCGGUGUAUUGUCAGAGGUCUGUGGAGCGAACGCUGCAAAAUGGAGAGAGGGAGGCCCGACCCUCACGUAUGGAGAUCAUCUCCAUCCUGCUGAGGAACCCCUACCACCAUUCGCUGCCCUUCAGCAUCCCAGUUCAUUUCAUGAACAGCACCUACCAGGUUGUGGGUUUCGAUGGCUCCACCACAGUGGAGGAGUUCCUCAACACGCUGAACCAGAGGAUCGGCAUGAGGAAGCCUCAGCUGUCUGGGUUCGCCCUCUUCACGGACGAUCCGUCCGGCAAAGACCUGGAGCACUGCCUGCAGCCGCGUGCCAAGAUCUGCGACGUCAUUUCCAAAUGGGAGCAGGCCUUAAAGGAGCUGCACCCCGGGAAGAACGAGGGGACGCGGAUCGUGCGGCUGACGUACAAGAGCAGAUUGUGCUUUAGGGCUCAGGUGAAAGGGGAGACGGAGCGAGAGCGCCUCCUGGUGGCCUACCAGGUCAACGACGAGGUGCAGCAAGGCCACUUCCCUGUGAGCAAAGAGCUGGCUCUGGAGGUGGCGGCCCUCAUGGCACAGGUUGAACAUGGGGAUUUAGAGCGAGCGGCUGCCUCCUCUCCUUCCGCCUCUCCUCAGCCUAAGCCUCAGCUGCUUCUCCUGCAGGCUUUGGAGCGUUUCUACCCUAAACGCUACAAACAAGACUGUAGCUCAGAGCAGCUCAGAGACCUAACCGAGCGUCUGGCCACCAAGUGGUCGCUGCUUCGCGGGUGCAGUGCAUCUGAGUGCGUGAGAAUAUAUCUGACAGUGGCUCGCAAGUGGCCCCUGUUUGGAGCCAAACUCUUCAGAGCUCAGCCUGUCCCCCCGUGUCCUGUGGAGCAGAGCCAGGUGUGGCUGGCAGUCAGUGAGGAUGGACUGUGUGCGCUGGACUUAACAAUGCACACGCUGGUCACGUACCCCUACCAGGCCGUGAUUACCUUCGGCGGCUACGGUGAUGACUUCAUGGUGGUCACAAGCCAACAGCGGGAGUCUGGGGUCGGGAAGAAGAGCGUGGAGAAGCUGGUCUUUGCCAUGGCUAAACCAAAGAUCCUGGAGCUGACUCUGCUCAUGGCCAGCUACAUUAACCACUGGAACCCCGGCCUCCCAGCAGCCUCCCAGCAGCCCCUGGGCCACUGGGACGUGGACAGCAAACACUUCCCCUCCAUGAACUACACCACCAAGGGGCCCACGCUGCUGUGACCGGAGGCUGGAUGACGACGCUUUCCUUCAGUCCACAUUCAUGUGGAGUCCACUGGGUUGUUACACAACUGGUACUGGGAUUGUGUUUAGGGUUUAGGUGUACAUCUGGUAGGUUUUGGCUGGUUGCAGAUCAGCUUUUCGUUGCCUGUUAAACGUGGAGGUUCCUACUCUGCCUCUUUCCACACUUCUACUUGCAGUGAUAUCAUCUCCGCUGACCUUUAUGUUGUACUGCCUUCUUUUUUUUCCCCCAAAUAAGAGAGAAAAUACAAAAAUACAGUGCUGUGUGCCACUGUACUGCUUCACCAGAAUGACCACACAUACUUGACGGUGAUAUAGAUAUAGUUUGUUUAGGAGGUACUGUGCGAUUAGAACUGGGAGAGGUAAUGACAUGCUAAAGAUUCACACACAGUGUCCUUUUUAUAUAAUUCACAGUAUAAUGCUAAUUAUUGUCUUCACUGUUAAAUUAUUUAGGGCUCAGAUUAACAUUUAUUUUUAUCAGUUAACCAGGUGUUUUUCUUUUUUCAUUUAUGGUAUGAAUCCUAAGAACAUAGUGAAGUCUAUUGCAGGGUUCUAGUUUGACACAUUGCGAUUUAUUAAGAUGUCCCAAAACUAAAUAUACUAAAUUUAAACUUUACUAUCUGGAACCAGACACUUUUAUCACUUCUUGCUUUAAUGAAUCAAUCAAUUAAUUGGCAUAAACUUAUUACUAUAAUAAUUUCCUCUUAAGACAUUAGGGUUAUUAAGGAACCUUUUAUUAUAUUACUUAAAAAAGUUAUAUUCUGCUCAUUUAUCUAGUAUGAAGCCCAAAAUACUACUAAGAGACCAGUUUAACCCAGGUCUAAUAAUACUGGUGAAAGUACGAUACUGUAUGUGUAGCAUAUCUGUGAAACGUUAGCUGUGCAAUUUGUUCAUGGUCUAGUGAUUCUUCUUCUUUUUCAUAAAAUUAGUCUUAACAUUAGUUGUUUUGUUAAUUCUCACAAGAGCUACCAAACUGUUUUAAUGACUUGAACUGCUUUGGAUCAAACCACUCUCGUGUUUGUGUUGUUAGUUAUUUAUUUUAUUUCCAUUUCGCUUUAAAGUUGAUGUUUUCCACGACUGCCGCGUACAGAAACACACGUUUUACUGUGUGCAGCAGAGUAACUUAAGAGCAGAGCAUGUUUGGGUUUUGUACCUGUACUAGAAUGUGUUUGAAAUGUGGCGUCCCAAUGUUUCCAGUAUGUUUGUGUGUGUGCGCGCUUGUCUGUGAGUAUAGAAAUAAAAUGUGGCACAAUCCUUUUA